GUGGUUACCAUAGCAGCGUACCAAACACGGCACUCUCACUACGCGAGGCUUAGUGCGAAUCGUUUUUUUAACCCAUUAAUAAAGUUUCUCAAAUCAAGUUGUUUAAAAAUAGGUUAGGGUUAAAUUGAGGACUUAUCGUGUUAUGGUUUUGCUUUAAAGUGUGAAAAAUUGACCAUGUCAGAGCAGGAAAGUGAAUGUAACGGUGCUAAACACGAGCGAUAUGAGGUGCGAAUCCCGACACAAGAUGAGAAUGAAGAUCAGGAAGAAGAGAAUGACAUCAAAUUUAACGUCUGUACAUCCACAGAAAUGAUUAUACAAGAAAACAUCGCAGAUUCAGCUUCUCAAGAAGAUAUAAACAUGCAUGGAAGUAAAACAAACAAGAUUAUUUCAUCAAGUGAUAUUGGAAACUCAACCGCAACAGUUAAGAUCUUGCUAAUGCCAGAGAGGCAAAUGAUAACAGUGGCUUUCACUAUUGGCCACACAAUCCUGGAUCUUAAAAACCACUUUGCCGCUGAGCUCCGAGUACCAUCAGAUGUCAUACAGAUCGCUUUGGAUGAAAAAUGUGUAGAUGAUGACCAGACACUGAUGGACAUUGGAGUACAGCCACAUGGGAUGAUCCAAUUUGAGAUGAGCUCAUUAGACCCUCAGACUUACCCUAUGAGACCAGUUAAACCACAGCAGGAGUACAACAUGCCAGAUGUCAUCACCGUUAGAGUACAAACAGACACAUAUCAAGAUGUGGUGGUGGAGAUCGAGAGGGCCACUCAAGGGAAGCCAUUUCUUGGAGGUUACCGUCAUAAGGUUACCAAGGCAGAGUAUCACCAUGCUGCUAUACAGACCACGUCUAAGAAGAGGCCUGACAGAGGAAUUGAGAUGUUCAGCAGAGAUACACAGACUGUGGAGUUGAGGAACCAGGCGCAGCAGUGCUCAAGGAACGCCUCGACUCAGAUGACCAAAAUCGGCUGCUAUGUGUCAAACAUGGAGGACAAACUUAUCAUCCCUACAGGGACCUACAUCACUGCAGACGAGUACCACAGCAAGAGACUGAGAGCUGUCAUUACACUACAGACGUAUGUCAGGCGUUGGCUGGCCAAGCGUUUCACAGACAGCUUGAGACAGGCGAAAGAGCUGCAUCUGGCGUGGCUGGAAAAUGAAAAGAGACGGAAGAAAGAAGAGAAAGAGCAGGAGAUCAGAGAGGAGUAUCAGCGCAGGAUGAACCCUCAGAGAAAGGCAGACUUUGAUCUGCUUUAUAACGCUUUGAAAAAAUGGAGGAUUGAGGAAGAGGAACGCAUCAAUGCUAACUUUUCCGGUGCGGAGAGAAAGGCGGCCCUGUGUGCCCUGCUGGAGCAAGAGACCCGGUUCAUCUCCUCCAUAGAACGCCACAGAACAGCUGCAUGCGAGAAGAACCAAGAUAAGGCUAUACAGGCUCUCCUCAAUAAGUGUGCAGAGCCAAAGAGAUGGCAUGCGUUUGACGGGAAGGUGACGCAGAUGGACACACAGUUCACCAUCAGAGCCUCAGAGCUGCGAGAUCUGUACAACAGCAUCACUGAGGCACAAUUCACGAAGGACGAGCGUCUGGAUGUGCUGCUAACCCUCAAAGACACCGUGAAGGAUCAUAAAUGCAAGCUGACACAGGAGAUAGUGGAUUUGAUUGACAGAGAGGUGGAUUUGCUUAUGAGGGGGGUGAAGAAGAAAAACCUGGAUGGCUUGAGGAAAAGGAUAUCUACACUGUUCCUCCAGUACAUCAAAACACCGGCGUUCAACCCUGAGGUGUCCAAACAUCUGCGGGUGCCUCAGGAUCCUGCUGAUCUUAGGAAGAACAUCUAUCUGUGUAGUGGCUGUAAUGAGUAUCAGUCAUCCACUGACUUUCCCUUAAAUACGAACACGUCAGCGGUCGGCCUCUGCCGCCGUUGUAAAGAGUUAGACAAUGAAGCCUUCCGUAGAGAAGACCUGUGUCUCUACAAGAACAUGCUCAAACAUCUACAUGAAACGGAGGCUGAGCUUAGUCCCGAGUCCAAAAUCAGCUACUUACUGCAGGAACAGGACCUGCGGUAUCUGGUGGAUGUGCUGUGGGGGGCUCAGUCUGCUCUGAGCGGAUGGAAAGACUUGCAUGACUUGUUGCUGGUACGGUGGGAGAAGAGUUCAGACUGGAGUCCUUGGAAUUGCAUUCUUCUAACAAAGAAUGAGGCAACUGCACACCUCACAGUGGAGAACAUCAGAAAGGCAUACGAUGCGGUAGUAAUCCGUAAUGUCAAGCACAAACACGCUCUGGCAAGGAAGUACUUCUCCCAGAUACCUGCCAUGGCCGAAUGGCUGCACGACGCUGGGCUUCAGCCCGCUGCUCUCGGCAACCUGCUGGUCUCCAAACCCAUCACCAAGGCGACCAAGUAGAAUUGCUUUGAGGCUACCCACGAUCCUUCAGGUGCCCAGGGACUUGUGCUGCUGUAUAACUAUUACAUGCCUUCAUACAGUAAAGAAUAGAGUUACAAAUCAAAACUUUGUUUUUGUCCUGUUUGCAAUGCUUUAGUGUACUGUGUUUUAACCAUUUGUUACAUUUGAAUAAAGCAUAUCAAGGCAUUUUUGCUUG